AUGGCAAAUAAAAUCAAAAUUGGAUUAUUGGGAGAUAUGGGAGUUGGUAAGACAUGUAUUGUUCAAAGGUUUUGUUUCCAUAAAUAUAGAGACUUGUAUGAAUCAACCAUUGGAAUUGAGAUGUCUGAUCAAGAAGUGGUAGUUGAUAAUCAAAGUUAUCCAAUACAAAUUUGGGACACUGCUGGACAAGAACGAUUUAGAUCUGUUUCACGUGUUUUCUUUAAUGAUAUAAAAGGGAUAUUUAUUGUGUUCAGUUUAGAUAAUAUGGAGUCAUUAAACCAUUGUAAAGAUUGGUUAGAUGAUUUCUAUAGCCUUGUUGACCAAAGCAAAAAUAUUCCUGUUGUAUUAGUUGGAAAUAAAUUAGACUUAAUUACUGAUGAAAAUAAUGUUCGUGUUCCUGAAGACAUCAUUAAGAAAUUUGUUUCUAAUAACGAUAUUCCAUUGUACAUUGAAACCUCAUCCAAGAAAGAUAUUAAUAUUGAUUCAGCCUUUCAAGAAAUGGUAUCUAUUAUUAUCAAAAGAAACCUUCAUAUAAGUGAAAAAAAGAAUGAGAUUGUUGAAAUAACACAAGAACAAGAAAAUAGUCCAAGAAGUAAUCAGCAAACAACCAAUGACUGUUCUUGUUAAAUUUUAAUCUUUAAUAAAUCAAUAUUACAGUUAUC